CGGUUCAGCGGCAGGGUUCCGGCGGAAGGGGCCGGGCGCGGUGCUGGCUGGCGGAGUUUCCGCGCCUUCGCCUGGGUGGCGGGGCGGCCGUGCGGCGCCUCCGGGAUCUGUGUGUUGCUGCUUCCCUCUCCUCCGUCCUCCUCGCCGCCGUGGGCCAUGCUGCCGUCUGACGUGGCUCGGCUGGUGCUGGGAUAUUUACAACAGGAAAAACUUCUAGCUACCUGCCGUGAAUUUAUUUUGGAAAGCUCAGAUUUGAAAGAAUAUGCGGAGCAUUGUACAGAGGAUGGGUUUAUUCCAGCCUGCUUGCUGUCCCUGUGUGGAAAAAACUUGACAACUAUUCUUAAUGAAUACGUAGCCAUGAAAACAAAAGAAACAACAAGUGAAGUUCCAGCAAUGAUGUCAUCUCUGUGGAAAAAAUUAGACUAUACACUUUCUCAGAUCAGGACCAUGCAAAGUUACACAGGACUUUCUGCUAAUCAAAGGAUACGUACGAGAAGUGGAAUUGUAGAAAUGAAAAGACAGAGGAUGCUUCAGCAAUCAGCUCCUAUGAACUCAGGAUUGUUGUCAGUAGCCCAGCAGUCAGGGCCACAGAAUUCUGCUUCUAUUCUAUCUCCUCAAGUUAUUCACAGGCCAACAAUAAAUCAAAGCAUGUCCCAGACAAGGCUGAAUACAUUGUUUGUGCACCAGUCCCAAUCCCAAGAAAGCAAGCUCAGUGCAGGAGAUUUGAUACACGUUCAAGUUCCAGCACCACAAGAACGAAAGCUUCAUUCCAAUUUGCUUUCCCCAGGGAGACGAAAAAGUGAAUCUCAGAAGAGGAAAAGCUUUGCAACACCUGGGCCUCUUUCAGCAGCUAGAAGUUGUCAAGACCCUGAUGAGGUAAUACUAGAGAAAGAAAGUGAGCCGCUUGGAGAGUUCAUAGAUGGUAACUUCCCGCAACUGGUAAUUGAAAAUGCCAGAGAGAAAAUUUUGAGCAACAAAUCUCUUCAGGAGAAGCUUGCUGAGAACAUUAACAAAAUCCUGGGCAGUGAUGGCAGUGUGGCCCAGGCCCCUAAACAGACAGACAGUGGUCCCACAGAACAGGAGACUUCAAUUGAUGAAAUCCUUGGACUUCAGGGUGAAAUUCAUAUGUCAGAAGAGGCUAUACAGGACAUUCUAGAGCAGACCGAGUCAGAUCCAGCUUUUCAGGCACUAUUUGACUUAUUUGAUUAUGGAAAGAACAAGGUAAACAAGAACUUACCUGUUGGUAUUUCCGGUCAGAGCGAAGUAGAAAAUACGAUCCUAGUGGAUGAAGAUAACCUGGAAACACUUGAAAGUUCUUUAGGAACAGAAGAAACUAGUAGAUGUGAGAAUUCUAGAGAAUCACUGUGCUGUAGAGGUUUUUCGUUAGGAGAAGCAUCGUGUGCCUUGAAGACCAGCGUUAAUGAUGAUGAUGUGGCUAAGAAGAGUACAGCCAAUGACCAGUUGCAUGGGAUCUGCAGACCAGGGAAGCAGACUGAAGUACUUAAAACUGUUACUCCAGAACAUAUUGGGGAGCUUGAAAUGGCUUUUGACUCUGUGCCUGCUUUGGCUGAGCCCAUCGAGAGACAAAGCUCGGACAGUGAGUGUAAUGAACGCUGUGGAGAUUCAUUUGGUAAAAAGGAAUCGUCUAUAUUAGUAUCUGAAAGUGAAAGGGCUGUGGAACCCGAGAAAGGCCCACUCUGUCAUGGUUCUCAAAGUACUAACUUGGAGUACGUCCAUUCUGGUAGCCCGCAGAUUCCUUUGGUUUCAUUGGCAGAAGGUGCUACAGCCAGUGAAAACAAAACACAUUCUGGAAGUAAAUGUCACUUAUCACCAGACACAUCACUGUCUGAAAAAACCCUUGCUGAAAGCCUUUCUGAUGGGAGCCCUGGCCACAGCAUGCUGCUGAAAAAAGACAACUCGUCAAUUUCUAGCCCAUCAACAGAUGCAGGAAAAGAACAGGCUGUAACAAAUGGUGCAGCUGCCUUAGCUGGCAUUUUACAGGAGAACUUGAGCCACUACUCUGACCAUCAGGAACAGAGUACACAGUCAGACUGUGCCACAAAAUCCACAGCGAAGACUUUGGAUCUCGGCAAAACGGAGUUGCAGCUUGAAGUUGUUGAUACUUCUAACAAAGCUUAUUCGAAUGAUCAGCUUGAUAAGCCUUGUAAGAAAGACUUUAGUCCUUCUUCAGGACUGUCAAACUCGGAGGCAGCACAAGGGGAGAUGCAAGAGCCUUCAUCUUCUACGAAAGCAGAUGCUGAUAAUAUCUAUUUCUCUUCUGGUGAUGAUGCCUGUACAGAUGUUUCUGUAGUAUCCACUGCAAAUAAUCUUACUACGUCUGAAACGUGCCACUCACCUCUCCCAGAAACUGCAUCCUCCACAGAGGAGUCUGGUACUGAGGCCAAAGGUGUGAGCGGUGUAUCUUCCAGUAGUCAGCCAAUGGAUGUUGAUCCUUCUAAUAUCAUGUCCCGCAAGAUCAUCAUCAGUGAUGACCUGUUUAUUUCAUCAGAUGUGGAGUUAAAUAACGCCGUUUCCAGCAUCACGGGAGACAACUUGCCAACUAUAAUAUUGUCUUCUCCAGGCAAAUCCCCAAGCAAAACUGCAGGCCUGUCUAAAUGUCUGACUUCAGAAGAGUCGGAAAAAACUGUGGAUUCAGCUUUGGCAGAGCAGAAUCUUCUUGUGCUUAGACCUAAGGAUCCUAAGGUCACCUCGGUUAACACUCAGAAUGAAGACUGCAGUGUUUUUUCAGUUGCGGGUACAACUAACCUUUCCAAGGAAGGGGGAUUUAUACAGUUGAUGUCAUCAACAAGCACAGCUUUUGGGAAUUCAAACAACCUUUAUAUAGCCACCUGUGUGACUGAUCCAGCUUCCUUGAGCACAGCUGUAACACCAUCAAACGUAGUUGUGGUGCCGGGCAGUUCCAUCCCACUUGCUGCCCAAACUCCAGCUGUGCAGCAGUUACGGACCCCUCCGAGAUCCAGCAGUGCCUUUGCAGCAAACCAGAAUGUCUCCCCAAACUUCCCUCAAGGUUCUGCCAUUAUAAUUACAUCUCCAGUUCAGCCUGUUUUGCAAGGAAUGGUGGGAAUGAUACCUCUCUCAGUAGUAGGACAGAAUGGAAAUACAUUCUCAGCACCUGCCUGCCAGGUUCUGCAUAUGCCUAUGGCUAAUCCAAUGUGCAACAGAAACAGCACAAAACUUCCCAUCCCUCCCAAAUCGCAGAAGAUUCCUGGAGCAAGAAACAAGACUAAUACAGGAAAACUGGUACCGACUGUAGCUGAGCCUUCGAGCCACGGCAGUUCUCGGACACAGAGGACUGGAAAUUCAGAUAAGCUUAUCACAGCAGAGCUGGGAAGGAAGGCAGAGGAGAACUUGCCUGUAGCACCAGUGGAGAGCACAAGCUCAAAUCCUAGACAGAGUGAAAGUCACAGGAGAGUGCUUUGCUUUGAUAACGUCCUACCCGCUCCAGGAGGAAACACCCAAAGUCAAGCUACCAAGAGUUUAGCCCAAAAAGAAAGAAAUGAAAAUAGUCUAUUUGCUGUUGACUCUGCAUCAUCCUCUGCUAAGGCACAGGUACCAAAGAGAGAGAAAGAGAAAACAUUGCCUAGAAUUCUGUGCAAGCCAGAGGUUGGCAGCAGCAGAAGCACGUCCGUGAAGGAACCGCAGCCCGAGCGCAAGGCGGCGACGGGGCUGCCCUUGGAGCCCUUCCACAAGACCACAGCAAAUAAAGAGAAUGAACUACGGAGGGACAGUGACGAAAAACAGAAGAACCAGGACAGCACCAAGCUCUCGAACGGCCAGCAGAGCGGCGUCAGCUUAUGGAAUGAGAAGACGGUUGGUUCGGGGCAAGACCUGAGCAAAAAGCCGGGAGCCCUGUCGAGCGGGAACGGCAAAUCCGCGGCGGCCGCUCCUUUGUCUUCAAAGGAGUCAAAGCGCGAGCCGGCGAAAGCUCCCGGCCAGGGCCUGUGCCUGCCGAGCCCGCUGGCGAAGCAGUGCGUGGAGAUGCUGCAGGACAUGCAGUGGCACAGCCCGCCCGGCAGAGCCGCCGACAGCGGGGAGCUGCCGGUGCCGCGCACGCCGUCGGGCGUGGGGGAGCGGCACGCGGAGGAUACGGCGGACAGCGUGCGGACGCCGCCCUGCCGGCGCCUGGCCAUGGCCGAGGACAGCGGCACCCCCCGCGCCAUGGUGCCGCCGGCCACGCCGGACCUGCCCGCCUGCAGCCCCGCCAGCGAGACCGGCAGCGAGAACAGCGUCAGCAUGGCCGCGCACACCCUCAUGAUCCUGUCGCGCGCCGCCAUCGCCAGGACCGCCUCUGCGACGCCCCUCAAGGACAACACGCAGCAGUUCCGGGCGCUGAGGAGCACGGUGAAGAAAAGGAAGCUGGAGGACCUGAGCGAGGGCGAGAGAAAUUCUCGUUCUGCAAAUAGAAAAGACCUUCAAAGCUCUCCGACGCCAUCCAAAAAGAAGAAAAUAAAGAAGAAGAAGCUACCACAUUCUUUUCCGGCAGGAAUGGACGUGGACAAGUUCUUGUUGUCUUUGCAUUAUGACGAAUGAGAGAAAAAUAAGUUGGACUGUGCGUGUUAAAGCUGGGUGGCGUUAGGCUGAGGCUGCUGUGGAAAGAGAAGUGAAUUCUAAAGGGCAAGCUGCACUUUGGGUGCACUGAAGUUUCACUUUAGCAAAACCAUGCUGUUUGCAGAACAGCCGAGUGUAAAUAUCACUGAGGCGGUCUAAGUUUAUUUUUUAAAAAGCACUUAUAGAGCCAUUUAAUUUGCAAAACUGUACAUUUGAAUAAAUGUAAGAGAAGUUGUGUGGUUCCUGUUA